AUGGAAGGACAACCUUAUCUAGUUCAGGCGGUAUACUCCUUUAAAGGCAAAAAUAAUGAUGAGUUAUGCUUUAAAAAAGGAGAUAUUAUUACUGUUACUCAGCUUGAUGAUGGAGGCUGGUGGGAAGGUACACUAGAUGAAAAAACUGGAUGGUUUCCAUCAAAUUAUGUCAAAGAAUUUAAAGGUCAAAGUGAUCAUUUAAGCCCUCUGAAAACGCCUGGUGAUAUAGCAGCACAACAAAGGGCAUACAGGCCAGUAGUUUUAAAAGAUUUUAUUGAUUCUGAGAAAGCACACAUCACUGAGCUGCAGCACCUUAUGUCUAAUGUUCUCAGUACCAUUGAGAAGUCAGAAAUAUUAAGUAAGGAAGAAUUUAGUUUAAUUAUUAGUAAUCUCAAAGAAGUAUUGAAACUUCAUGAAGAAGUUUUAUCUGGUGUCGAGAGAAAUAGUUCAAAACCACCAUUGGAACAAAGAGUAGGCAAGUUUAUAUUAAAUUUAGCUCCUAAACUGAAAGUAAUACAUGAAAAUUACUGUGCAGGGCAUCCAAAAGCUGCCUUCAUCAUAAAUAAGCAUGAAGAGGAGUUAUUGAAACUUCUUGAUGGAAGCGUUCUAACACUGACAUCAGGUUUGAGUAAACCAUUUAGAAGAGUUGAAAAGUAUCCUAAUCACCUCCAAGAGCUUGAAAGACACUUAGAAGAAAGUCAUCCAGAUCGGGGAGAUACCCAGAGAGCUGUUAGCGUUUACAAGGAUAUUGCCUCAACAUGUUCAGUAUUACGCAGACAGAAAGAAAUGGAAAUUGAAAUUAUGAAUGGAGGCGUCAGAGGAUGGGAAGGCCAAGACAUAGCGAAGAUGGGAGACAUAAUACAAAUGGGCUCAGUUGCUGUCUGGCCCGAACACAGGGAUAGAUAUUUUGUCCUGUUUCCCACAACUUUGCUCAUGUUAAGUGCGAGUCAUCGAAUGAGUGCUUUCAUUUAUGAAGGGAAACUGCCCUUAACUGGUAUCAAGGUGAAUAAAUUAGAAGAUACCGAGAACUACAAAAAUGCAUUUGAAAUCAUCGAAGAUGCUUCAUUUUUAGGACCAUUGAUUGAACGAAUAGUUGCCAUUUGCCAAACUAAAGAAGAUCAACAAAAAUGGGUUGAUUUAAUUCGAGAACAAAGUAAAAAUUUAGGUCAUAAAAUUAAUACUCCACUUUCAAGGAAAUAUGAUUUUGAAGACAUGAAUAGUGAAGGUCAUUGGUCUAUUACACGCUUAAGGCCAGCACCUCCUUCUAGAACCGUAUUGCUGAGGAGUGAAAAAAUAUUAAAUCCCAGAGAUACGAAAGGACUAGAAGAAGAUGCCCAAAUCUUGCGAGUCAUUGAAGCUUACUGCACCAGUGCAAACUCAAGGUUCACUCUUAAUUCAGACAGUUUGAAUUUUAAUGACUUAACUACUCACUUGUCACUAACAGAACCACAAUUGGAUGCAGAGAAUAAAAGUUUACACGAGACUAUAAGCAAGACUGUUACUGAGUUAGAGGACAGAGUUAUUUCUCUUUGCAAUGAAGUGGAAUCAUUGAAGAUGAAUCUUAAGGAGGAGAAAUCGGCUAGAGAAGAACUUCAAGCAAUAGUCAAGGUUAAACUUCCAUCCAUAGAAUUAAGAAUAACUGAGUGA